GGGGGGGGGAGGGGGGAAAUCUCGCGAGAGUUGGGCGCCGGGGGUCGAUGGAGUCCGAGAUGGAGCCGGAGAGCUUGGAGUCGCGAAUCAAUAGAGCCACGAACCCCCUCAACAAGGAGGUGGACUGGGACAGUGUUGAUGCUUUCUGCGAGCAGCUCAACAAGGAGUUAGAGGGGCCACCCCUGGCAACCCGGCUGUUAGCCCACAAAAUUCAGUCUCCGCAAGAAUGGGAAGCUCUGCAGGCCUUGACGGUGUUGGAGACCUGCAUGAAGAACUGCGGGAAGCGCUUCCAUGAUGAAGUGGGCAAGUUCCGCUUCCUCAACGAGCUUAUUAAGGUGGUGUCCCCCAAGUACCUGGGGAGUCGGACUCCCGAGAAGGUGAAGACCAAGGUUCUGGAGCUGCUCUAUGGCUGGACGCUGGGGCUGCCCGCGGAGGUGAAGAUUGCCGAGGCCUACCAGAUGCUGAAGAAGCAAGGAAUCGUGAAGAGCGACCCCAAGCUGCCCGAUGGCGUCCCCUUCUCUCCUCCCCCACCGCGUCCCAAGAACAUCAUCUUCGAUGACGAGGAGAAGUCCAAGAUGCUGGCCCGCCUCCUGAAGAGCAGCCAUCCCGAGGACCUCCGGGCUGCCAACAAGCUCAUCAAGGAGAUGGUUCAAGAGGACCAGAAGCGGAUGGAGAAGAUUUCCAAGCGGGUGAACGCCAUCGAGGAGGUGAACAAUAACGUGAAGCUGCUGACGGAGAUGGUGACCAGCUAUAGCAACGGGGGCACCUCUGACGGCAAUGAGGAGCUCAUGAAGGAGCUGUUCCAGCGCUGCGAGCGGCUGCGGCCCAUGCUCUUCCGCCUGGCCAGCGACACCGAAGACAACGACGAGGCCUUGGCGGAGAUCCUGCAGGCCAACGACAACCUGACCCAGGUGAUCAACCUGUACAAGCAGCUGGUGAGAGGCGAAGAGGUCAAUGGCGAGCCAGGGGCUGGGCCCCUGCGGGGCAGCACCUCCGCUCUCCUGGAUCUCUCCGGACUGGACCUGGACCCGCCCCCAACGGCCCCCACCUACCCGGCGCUGCCCAACCUGGCCGGGGGACACCACGAACUGCCCGGCUCCUUGUCCCUGCUCGACGACGAGCUCAUGUCUCUAGGCCUCAACGACCCAGCUCCCCUCUCGGCCCCAACCCUCGACGGUGGCGGAUGGAACAGUUUUCAGUCGUCCGACAGCGCUGAACCCCCCAUCACAGCCCCCGGAGUCGACCCUGGGCCUCCAGGCCCGAGCUCCCCAUUGGCCACCAGCGGCAUGGACGACCUGGACCGGCUGGGGAAGACGUUGCUGCAGCAGUCGCUGCCGCCCGAGGCCCAGCAAGUGCGGUGGGAGAAGCAGCAGCCCCCGCCCCGACUGACCCUCCGGGACCUGCAGAACAAGAGCAGCUCGGGAUCCCCUGCCCCGCUCCACGGAGCAUCUUCUGGCUCGAUCGCCUCGGACCAGCCGGCCCCCCCGCCGCCCACCGCCCCUCCCGAGAUCUCCCUGACUGACAUCACUGUGCCCCUGGAGUCCAUCAAACCCAGCAGCAUCCUGCCCGUCACCGUCUACGACCGGCACGGCUUCCGGGUCCUCUUCCACUUUGCCCGGGAUCCGUUGCCCGCCCGGCCGGACGUGUUGGUGGUGGUCGUGUCCAUGCUCAGCACGGCGCCGCUGCCCAUCAGGAACAUCGUCUUUCAGUCGGCAGUCCCCAAGGUGAUGAGAGUGAAGCUGCAGCCCCCUUCCGGCACCGAGCUCCCGGCCUUCAAUCCCAUCGUCCACCCGUCAGCCAUCACCCAGGUCCUGCUGCUCGCCAACCCUCAGAAGGAGAAGGUGCGUCUCCGAUACAAGCUGAUCUUCACAAUGGGGGAGGAGACCUUCACAGAGAUGGGGGACGUGGACCAGUUCCCACCCCCGGCAUCCUGGGGCAGCCUCUAGAGCCAGCAGCGGGGGAGGGCCAGAGCGACGGCUGGGGGACCCCUCCCCACGCUCUGAACAGAAGGGAGCCCCCUCUCCCACAACCCCUGCGCCUGGAAGAUCCGACCCACGGCCCUUCCCCGCCCGGGGGUUGGGAGCCCCACCGCCUCCCCACCGACUGCCCUUCCCUCUUUAAAGCUGGGCGGGAACGGGGAGAGGCGGGGACCGGCCCCGGCCACCAGCCCCGCCCCCAGCUGCCAGCCUUCACCAUCGCAGAAGCUUUGAGCCCUUCGGUCCUGGGGCGGGACCACCCGGGGUUCGGUUUGCAGGGGUCAGUGGCUGGGCCAGCACGGGCAGGGGAGAGGGGCAGCCCGCCCACCCCCCGUCGACCCCCAGGCUCCUGUGCGGACUAGAAUGUCUGUGGCCAUCUGUCCGGGGGUCACGGCCCCGUGGCAAUCCUUGGAGGGGAAGGCCAGGGCCCCUCCUCUCUCAUGCCUUACAUGAAGGACUAGCCAUAAUGCGGUGGUGGGGCGGGGGGAUUGCAGGAGUUUGGGAGGGCGGGGGCCUCACCCCCUGUGGCCCAGAGGGCUGGCUCGGGCCCCUCCCGUGUCGGAACCGGGUUGAAGCGGGGGUGGCCUCCACCCCCCACCUUUUUGCACUUCUCUGGUGUGGGUUUGACUCCUUUCAUUCUGUUUCUGAGUCUGUCCCGUCCGGGGCCGGGGGGUUGGGGGUGGAGAGCUGUCCUCUCUGACCCUCAUUUCUCUCAGCUCCCUGUUGUCUCCCUGCGCCCCACCGCCCACCGCAGGCCGGAGCCAGGGGUGCUGCCCGAGGAAGGAGUACGAGCCCCUGGGGGAAGCAGGAGAUGCUGGGAGGGAGCACACCCCUUCUCCCCCACUGUUCCCCCCCCCAUCUCUCCUUUCUUGUGUGUCAACUCUUACUGUGGUUCCGUUGGGUGGCCAGGGUCCACACCAGGGCCUCAUGUAUAUAGCUCUUGGGCAAAGCCUGGAAAGGGCCAGGCUAGCAGCAGGGUGCAACGAGCUCUGACGGAGCGACUGUAUUUAUGGGAAAUAAACCGUUGUCUCUCCUGA